GGGGCGGGGCCUCCGGGUUCUGAGGUGGGGACCCGGGAGUUUCUGGAUUCUUUCUCCGACGUUCUACGGGCUCCGGGAAGGCUGUGGUUGCUGUCGCGCCCGCGGAGCGGCCGUGUGCGUUGCGGAGAUUAAGAAAGUUAGCCUGAGUUUUGUGAAAAACCAGAGAAGAGAAACUAAGGACAGUAGACAAAGUUUUUCCAGUUUGCACAAUAUUUUCUUCGUGGAUGCUUUUUCAUAACAUGGUUAUGUGAUGUGAGAAUUUUUGUUCUUCGGAAGUAACAUGGAUUUUAUACUACCGAAUCAAGGAAAUUGCCUUUAUAGGAAAAAUUGAUUUUAUAGAAAUUGGUGCAGGUUUGUAAGAUAACCAUGACAACAUCCCAUAUGAAUGGGCAUGUCACAGAGGAAUCAGACAGCGAAGUAAGAAAUGUUGGUCUUGCAUCACCAGAGGAACACCAGAAGCACCGAGAGAUGGCUGUGGACUGCCCUGGGGACUUGGGCACCAGAAUGAUGCCGGUCCGGCGAAGUGCACAGCUGGAGCGUAUUCGGCAGCAACAGGAAGACAUGAGACGUAGGCGAGAGGAAGAAGGGAAAAAACAAGAACUUGACCUUAAUUCUUCCAUGAGACUUAAGAAACUAGCUCAGAUUCCUCCAAAGACUGGAAUAGAUAACCCUAUAUUUGAUACAGAGGAAGGAAUUAUCUUAGAAAGUCCUCAUUAUGCUGUAAAAAUAUUAGAAGUGGAAGAUUUGUUUGCUUCACUUAAACAUAUCCAGCACACUUUGGUAGAUUCUCAGAGCCAGGAAGAUAUUUCUCUGCUUUUACAACUCUUACAAAAUAAAGAUUUCCAGAAUGCAUUUAAGAUACACAAUGCUGUCACCGUACACAUGAACAAGGCCAGCCCUCCUUUUCCUCUGCUCGCCAAUGCGCAAGAUCUUGCACAGGAGGUACAAACUGUUUUGAAACCAGUUCACCAGAAGGAAGGACAAGAAUUAACGGCUUUGUUGAGUGCUCCACAUGUUCAGGCACUUUUGUUGGCCCACGAUAAAGUUGCUGAGCAGGAGAUGCAGCUGGAGCCCAUUGCAGAGGAGAGAGUUUAUGAAAGCAUCGGCCAGUAUGGAGGAGAGACUGUCAAGAUAGUGCGGAUAGAAAAGGCUCGUGAUAUUCCCUUGGGUGCUACAGUUCGCAAUGAAAUGGAAUCUGUGAUCAUUAGCCGGAUAGUAAAAGGUGGUGCCGCAGAGAAGAGUGGUCUGUUACAUGAAGGAGAUGAAGUUCUGGAGAUUAAUGGCAUCGAAAUUCGCGGGAAAGAUGUCAAUGAGGUUUUUGACAUAUUGUCUGAUAUGCAUGGUACUUUGACGUUUGUUCUGAUUCCCAGUCAGCACAUCAAACCUCCUCCUGCCAAGGAAACUGUGAUCCAUGUGAAAGCUCAUUUUGACUAUGACCCCUCAGAUGACCCUUAUGUUCCAUGUCGAGAAUUAGGUCUGUCUUUUCAAAAAGGGGAUAUCCUUCAUGUGAUCAGUCAAGAAGACCCAAACUGGUGGCAAGCCUACAGAGAGGGGGAUGAAGAGAACCAGCCUUUAGCUGGACUUGUUCCAGGAAAGAGCUUUCAACAACAAAGGGAAGCCAUGAAGCAAACCAUAGAAGAAGAUAAAGAGCCAGAAAAAUCAGGAAAGCUAUGGUGUGCAAAGAAAAAUAAGAAGAAAAGGAAAAAGGUCUUAUAUAAUGCCAAUAAAAAUGAUGAUUAUGACAAUGAGGAAAUCUUAACUUAUGAGGAAAUGUCACUUUAUCACCAACCAGCAAAUAGGAAAAGACCUAUCAUUUUAAUUGGCCCGCACAACUGUGGCCAGAAUGAAUUGCGUCAGAGGCUCAUGAACAAAGAAAAGGACCGCUUUGCAUCUGCAGUUCCUCAUACAACUCGGAGUAGGCGAGACCAUGAAGUAGCUGGUAGAGAUUAUCACUUUGUUUCACGGCAAGCAUUUGAGGCAGACAUAGCAGCUGGGAAGUUCAUUGAACAUGGUGAAUUUGAGAAAAAUUUGUAUGGAACCAGCAUAGAUUCUGUACGGCAAGUAAUCAACUCUGGGAAGAUAUGCCUUUUAAGUCUUCGUACACAGUCAUUGAAGACCCUCCGGAAUUCAGAUUUAAAACCAUAUAUUAUCUUCAUUGCACCUCCUUCACAAGAAAGACUUAGAGCAUUAUUGGCCAAAGAGGGCAGGAAUCCAAAGCCUGAAGAGCUGAGAGAAAUCAUUGAGAAGACAAGAGAGAUGGAGCAGAACAAUGGCCAUUACUUUGACACAGCGAUCGUGAAUUCUGACCUGGACAAAGCCUAUCAGGAACUGCUUAGGUUGAUCAACAAACUUGAUACUGAACCUCAGUGGGUGCCAUCCACUUGGCUGAGGUGAAGGAACAUCUACUCUGUGACAAAACUGGAUUUGACCUGGCAAACUGUCAGUAGGAAGACGCUGAGACUUCAGCAGGACUGAAGAUGUGUUGGGAGGAGGCAGUAUAAGCUGUAGACCUGGUGUUAAUCGUUUAAACUAGUGAAAAGAAAGUCCCCUUGGCAGUUUGUACACAGCCUUUUUUCUCCAUAAAUGGCUUUGAAGGUCCUUGUCUCUUUUUGUGAUUCUAAGUGGAUG